AGGAUGGAGCUAUUGGGAAAAAAAGGGGGAAAAACGUAAUUGCAGCAUCAGAGUGGGUGGUAGAUGGGUUGGUCAGUCUGAUCCAGACGCUGUAUAAAUGAAAGACCAAUAGGGAGAGCAGAACAAACUCCUAACAGGAGGAGACUCACUCAUGGCCUAUGAGACAGAGGAUCAUGAGACUCAAUACUGCUUUCCUGCCAUCAACUCAUCAUGUUUCAAAGGAAAACGCUCCAGACAUGAAUACAAUAUCAUGUAUGUGUUUGUAUCAUUGCUGUCAGCAUGGACUGUGUUUCUGAACCUGCUGGUGAUCAUCUCCAUCUCUCACUUUAAGAAGCUUCACACUCCAACCAACCUGAUUAUUCUCUCUCUGGCUGUGGCCGACCUGUUUACUGGACUUAUUGUGAUGCCUGUGGAUGCCAUAAAUUUGAUUGAGACGUGUUGGUACUUUGGAGACACUUUAUGUGCACUGUUUAUGGAAAUUAUGGGAGUGAUUAUCUCAGCAUCUCUCAGUAAUUUAGUUUUAAUUGCGAUUGAUCGUUAUGUGGCUGUGUGUCACCCUUUACUGUACCCACAGAAAAUAACCACAACUAAAGCCUUAAUGACCAUCUGUCUUUUUUGGUUUUGCUCUUCAGCUUAUAUUACUGGUCUGUUAAGCAGCAAUGGACGUUUUGACACAUCACACAAAACAGAUGCAUGUUAUGGAGAGUGUUAUUUCAUGUUAAGUUUUACAUGGAAAGUCACUGAUCUGUUCAUGUCCUUGCUGUUUCCUUGUACCCUGAUCAUAACUUUAUAUUUGAGGAUAUUUUAUGUUGUACAUCAGCAAGUGAAAGUUAUAAACUCUCUGAUGAAGGGUGGUAAAUGUGUAAUGGAAGGUUCAGUGAGGAGGAAAUCUGAGAGCAAAGCUGCUCUGACAUUAGGAAUCAUUGUGGCAAUUCAUAUUCUCUGUUGGUUACCUCUCUAUAUUUUUUCUCUUGCAGGGAACACAGUAAUGUCCACUGUAGUUAUGAAUUUUUUAACAUGGGUCUUCUAUAUUAAUUCAGCCCUGAAUCCUCUUAUCUAUGCUUUAUUUUACCCUUGGUUUAGAAGGUCAUUUAAACACAUUCUAUCACUUAAGAUAUUUCAGUCAGCAUCAUCUUUGGUGGACAUUCUUAUAAUUGAUCAUUCAUGAGUGCUGUAUUUCACAAUGAAGUUGUGUUUCAGCUUUCAAAAUGGCAAAGCCCACUUUCAAGCUGCACCCUCUGAUAUAAUGCACCACAAACAAUAUUACACGUUACACUUUAUGUUGUGGUAAAAAAAUGUAAAUUUACAGACACAAAUAAGACACUUAUCACAGCUUGUAUGAAAAAAAAAAAAAAAAAAAAAACCUAUGUGACCUUAAUGAGAAGCCCACACAAAAAUUUGCAAAGUUACCUAAACCAAGUCCAAUUUAAAAAUCUGCAACCAAAAAAGUCACUCAGGACAGCUUAACAGCUGCAAUCUUCAUGAUUUGUGCUGCUACAUUAUCAAAGUAACAAUUUGAAUUUAUGGCCGACUUGAUUUCUGUUUUGUGACAUAUUUCUGCUUGAAACAGCUUUUUGAAUAUAAAAAAAACUAUAGGGUGGGACUUGACUUAUCUAUUGAUAUAAAUUUAUGAAUUCAAUGCAGGAGUGGUAAUUGGGGUAGCUUGGGACCCAAAGAUCAGAAAAUGCAGUGGUAAGGGGACACGGGAGUGGACAGACCUAGUCUUUACAAUGGCAUGCAUUGUAUAUAAAGGCCAUACAUGUAAUUUCCAUAACUCAGAGCCAACUCAAAACCAUUUCAUUUUUGAAUACAUUAUGAUGAUGUACAUAAUCAUUUAUUGUUUUCAAGCUGAUGACUAUUUUGGUAGGGCUUUGCCCUGCCUGCCUACAUACACAAGCCACACCUGCAUAAACUGUAUAUUUCACCAGAGUAAAAAGCUGUAGUAAUAAUUAGUGUAUAAAACACUAUAGGGGCCAGAUGUACUAAACGGGGCAAAUUAGCAUAAAAGCACAAUUCCACAAAUGCUCCAAUGGGAGUGCCAAGUUUUGUGUGUGAUCUACUGCUGACGCGCAAAUUAAAGAACACAGACACAGUCAAAUCAUUUACAUAAUGACCAAUGCAGUCUACCAAGAACAGUGCAAAUAGGGUAUAUGUCGAACGAAUGUCACAUGACCAAACUGGAAAACUGGUUUCAUCACAUCCGCUGGUCAGAGAAAGUGUCAAUAGCAGUAUGAACUGAUGGCAAAUCUAUACAUUUUUAAGGUAAUCAGCAAAACUACCUAGUUCACAUAGGUGUUUUAUUCUAUUAAAUAUCUAAACGUUAGUGUGAAGGAGAACAAUUUAAAAAGCUUUUAAAUAUCAAUCUGCAUAUGCAGGGGAAAUCAGUUAUGCUCAUCUUUGCUCAGUCCUUUUAAGUUAUCUUGAAAGAAAAAAGCUAAUUUUUUCAUGAAGCACAUACAAAAGACCUAAACCGUAAGCAAUCUGAUCUGUUUUACAGAAUACGGAUUGUGCAUAACCCCUAUUAGCGUUGGGUCACAAGCUGAUGCUCAUCAGGUGCGGGUUGACACAGGCACAACUUGUUACAUGUAAUCUGACAGACACUUACACGUAUAUAGGCCAACAUAGCUUGUCAAACGAUAUGUUCGGACACCGUCUUCCUCUUGCAUUCCAAACAAAUUAAUACAAGUGGAAAAUAUUUUCUCCCUUCUACCACAUGCUCUCUGUUCUCUGCGGUGUCUCCUCCUAUAGCAGCGACAAUUUAGUCAUGUAGCAAAAUGGGCAUUUUUGGGGGCAUCAGUUCAGCCACAAAAAUCAACUUUUCAGAGAUAAUUUUGCAUUACGUGUAUUUAGUAAAUGCUGACAGUAGUUUCUUAAUGCCAAAAGAGGGUUUCCCAAGGGAUUUUUUGGUUGCUGUUGUUUUUGACAUUUGACCCAUGUAAACUACUGAUUAAAAAAAAAAAUGUUAGAAACAUCCUUUUCCUUUGAAAUAGAAGCUGCGACUCAGUCAAGAGCUGUGAAUUAUUCUCUUUUUUCUUUUGUUGUUUGAUUACCAUUAAUCAGGUUUAUUAGGCUGUUGUUCUACUUAUCUAAUGCACUUAAAUGCACUGUUGUUCUACUUAUCUAGUUCACUUAAAACAUGACUUUGUUUACAUGAAUACUCAUUGAGAGGGGCAUUUUUUGACAAAUUCGUGUCUAUUUAAAUUGUGCGCUUGCACUCACUUAUAGGCGAUUUCUGUGAACGUGUGUGCACAGAAACUCUUAGACAGCUUGCAAGUAUCAAAUUGAUUGU